AUGUUCCAUGUCGCCGCCCUGCUGGGCUUUGGAGCCUUGGUCAUAGUGUUAAAAUACAUAACGCAAUCUAUCCACCACCGGAAACAAGCCAAGGCGUGGGGAUGCAAACCAGUUCGCCGUUCACCCGAUAUCCUGGGCAUCUCAACAUUUUUAAACCAUAACAAAGCGCUCAGUGAGAACCGCUGGCCUGAAUUUUUGCAACACGAGUAUAACCUCCACGGGACGACCCACCAAGAGACCCUUCUGGGCCAGACUGUUCUCACUACGAGCGAUCCAGAGAACCUGAAAGCUAUUCUCUCCACUCAGUUCAAGGAUUUUUGUGUCGGGCCGCGGUAUGGUCAAUUCUAUCCCCUUGCUGGUGCCAGCGUCUUCACUCUCGAUGGCGCGCCCUGGUCGCAUGCCCGCGCCCAGCUACGUCCUCAAUUCUCCCGCGAUCAGGUCACCGAUCUUUCUAUACUGGAGGAACAUGUUACCAACUUCGUGAAUCUAGUCCCAAAGGAUCGAUCUGCCUUUGAUAUCCAGCCUCUUUUCUUUAUGUUCACGUUGGACGCAUCCUCCCAUUUUCUCCUUGGCGAAUCAAUCGGCUGUAUGCUUCCAUCUUCCACGGAAACCGGCGUCCUGUCGAAAUGCGCCGUUCGCAAUGCCCAGGGUUUCGCACAUGCUCUCGACGGCUCACUAGAUUAUCUGGCGAAGCGAUCCCGAGCACAUCACUUGUACUGGUUGAUCAAUCCCAAGGAAUUCCGGGAUAUGUCGAAGCAGGUUCAGGAAGUUUUCGAAUAUUACGUGCAUGCUGCACUGGAGGCAAAAGGAAAUUCCGACAACAAGGAUGGUCGGUAUACCUUUCUACGUGGGCUGGUGGCAGAUAGCGAUGAUCCCAAAAAGAUCCGCGACGCCUUACUGAGCCUUAUGGUCGCGGGCAGGGAUACAACUGCAACCAUGCUAGCUUCUACUUUCUUCUACUUGGCGAGAUACCAGAGCGUCUGGAGUCGGCUGCGCAGGGAAAUUUUAGAAUUAUUUGGCGAUGUGAACUCCCCCAAGGUGGAAAUUACACAUGCAAGACUCAAGGAUCUUCGUUACUUGCAAUGUGUGUUAAAUGAGGUAUUGCGAAUGCAGCCAGCGGUGCCAUUCAACACGCGCACUGCUACGAGGGACACCACCCUUCCGGUGGGUGGAGGGGUGGACGGUCGCUCCCCGAUAUAUUUGAGAAAAGGGGAGAAUCUCACUUAUUGUGUCUACUCGAUGCAUCGUCGGAAAGAUCUCUGGGGCCAGGACGCCAAUGAAUUCCGACCUGAACGUUGGGAGGAAAACCCGAAACGGGGGUGGGAGUUCCUCCCAUUCAAUGGAGGACCGCGUGUUUGCAUCGGUCAACAAUAUGCUAUCACCGAGGUUGGAUAUGUUGUGGUCAGACUCUUGCAGCAUUUCGAUACUCUGGAAGGUGCCGACCCGCAUCCGAGGAUGGAGCCUGUCAAAGAGUGCACCAUCACGUUGUCUCACGCUCUUGGUGUUCCAGUUCGACUUUAUUCUUCCAAGGCUUGA